ACGAGUUCAUGUUUGGUUCAAAACCACAUGUUUGUAGAGUUUAAAUUUUGAAAGUGUUUAUCGUUGCAAAUGUUUUAUUAUUCUUGUGAUUCAACUUUUUAGUUUUAUUUUCUAUCCUAAUUUUAUCUAUUAAAUAAUAUUCCAACAUGACAGAAGUUGAUUUUCCUCGUGGUAAAUACCCUGGUUACAAAGAUUCUUUGGCAAAGAAAGUGCCUAAAAGACCAGCGGAAGAUGAGUUAUUCUCUACUCGUGUCUUGAAUAAAGAUGAUGAUACCGGUGGGGAUGAUGAAAAAACUAAAUCAGCUAAGAAAUCAAAACGACAAAAAAACAAAAAAUCUACCUCUGAAGAGGUUAGCGAGCCAGGUGUACCUUCUUUUGAUGAAAAGGUUGUUAUUUAUCGUUUAAAAACUAACAAUGUUGCCAUCAAUAGCAUCAUAUUGGGAUGUGUUGCUGAAAUUAAAGACUACGAAAUGAGUGUUCAAUUACCAGGAGCAGUUUUGGUCAAAGUUUCUAUAACAAAUAUAUCCGAACCGUAUAGUAAAGCACUGGUGACAUAUGCUCAAGAUCCUGCUAAUAACCCAUCACCACCUAAACCUAAAUCCUUGUUUCAACCGGGUGACUUACUUCCUGUUAAAAUAUUGGACAAGAAAGAAUCUCAUAUGAGUUAUGAUGAUACUUCAAUGUCUCUAACUGAUAUAGAUGCCUCGGUAAAUCCAAGAGAUGUUUACAGCGAUCUUCAUACUGCACCAUUUUUAAAAAAUUGUGCCAACACAAGUAUAUGUGCUGCUGUAGUUGAAAUCGAGGACCACGGUUAUUUGAUGGAUAUUGGCCGAGAAAAUAUUAAAGGUUUUAUGAGUUUUGAUGAUGCUAAACCAUUUAUAGAAGCUCGUAACUUGAAGAAUCUAUCAGUUGGCCAAGUAAUUCUAUGCAAUAUUAUUUCUGCCUCGCAAAGAGUUGUUAAAUUAACUACCAAAGCAAUCAAGCCUCGUAAUUCCGAAGACUCAACGUUUCCAACUUCUUGUUUACUACCGGGAGUUACUGUGACAGCAAAAGUUUUAGCAACUUGUGAAGUAGGAUUAGAGGUAGUUGUAUUUGGUCAGCAUAGAGGUUUUGUCCACAAAGAUCAUCUAAAGACUAUAUGGGAUCUACCUCGUGAUGAUUACCAAGUUGGAGAAGAUUUGAAAGGAAUAAUUUUAUUUGUUAACCCAGUUAACAAAGUUGUUGCUUUAAGUUUACGUUCUCAUCCUGAAUUGUCAUCUUUAAAAAAGUCUUGGGCAGAAUUGCGGAUCGGCCAACUAAUUGAAAAAGCCCAAAUUGUUGGAAAAGAUUCCGGUGGCUCAUUCAUUUUCAAAUUUCCAAAUGGAUUUAAAGGUGUAGCACCCAAACAUGAAUUGUCCGAUGAUUUUCUUGGUCAAGAAGAUUUGGCAGUUAUUGAAACUCAACUACCCAUUGGAUCUUUUCAAAAAUGUCGAAUCAAAUCAUUCUCUUACCUUGAUGGUUAUGCCAAAGUUACCCUUAAAAAUUCCCUCCUAGAAGCAGAACAUCUUUCAGUUGAAGACUUAAAAGUAGGCCAAGUUCUUGAAGGUCGUGUUAAAAAACUUAAUAAAAAAGGGUUGAUCAUCACACUAGGAUUCGGUCUUAAAGCAUAUUGUCCAACUAUACAUCACAAAGACUCUGUUAAACCUAAAGAUUACGCAGCUGGAAGCAAAUUGAAAUGUCGUAUAAUUCGUCUCGAUAGCAAAUCACUGGUUCCCCGGAUCGCCGUUACUUGCCGAAAAGAGUUGAUUCGUGAAAAAAAUAUUAUCGACGAUUUUUCUAAAGCUGUAGCUGGACUGUAUACUCGAGGAAUAGUUGUUCUUAUCCAAGAAAAUGGUCUUGUAAUUGAAUUUUUCAACGAGCUCCGUGGUUUUCUGUCAGCUAAACGUUUCCAGAAAGAAAACCUGCAAUAUUCUGUUUCAUCUUAUUCAAUUGGACAAAUCCUACCUGUUUAUGUUGUCCAAAGUGAUGCAAAGAAUGAAAAAAUACAUUUAAGUUUAAUCUACAGUGAACCUGAAGAGGAAUCAGAUAUUAUCUCAUCCACACCAAUUGGAACUAUUUUAUCUGAUUUAACUGUUGUCAGUAAAGAUGCGGAUGGAUUUUCCUUGACCAACACUGACGGUGAUAGUUUCUAUCUUCCUAAGGCUCAGCUUUCUGAUUAUCCUGGUCUUAUUGAUAAACUUCAUGAGGUUAUUCAGGUUGAUGAUACAAUUGAAAAAGUUGUUGUCUUCAAGAAUACAUCAAAUGUCCCAAUUGUUAGUCGUCGAGCUAUAUUUAUUCAAGCAAGUGAGAAAGAAAAUCCCGUCUUUAAACCAGAAACACUCAACACCGGUUUAGUUGUCCCUGCAAUUAUCAAAAACUUCAAAGUUUAUGGAAUCAUUGUCGAGUGUCCAGGAGGAAUGAUUGGUCUAAUACCAACAGAAAAUAUUUCUAAGACGAAAGUUGAUCCUCUCGAGAGUGGCUUUGCGACAAAUCAAACUGUUCUUGUUCAUAUUAACCAUUUAAAAGAGAAAGACGACGAAAAAAGACUCAACUGUUCAUCCAUCAUAUCGCAGUGUGUUUCACCCGAUUUCCCACCAGAAAUGAUCUUGUCAAAUUAUUUAGUUGACUAUACAUUUAUCAAAUCGAGGCUAUGGACCAUCAACAACAAACCUGUUACUCGUGCCUUAUCUUCAAUCAAACCUGGAGAUAUUUUACCAUUUAAAGUUCUCAAAAGUGUGGAUGAGCAAGCUUUGUGUGCAUGUACAGUAGAAGGUUGUAAGAAACCUAUUCCUGGAAUAAUUAAUCGUUCCAAGAAAAAAUCUAAUGAUGGUAAAGUUGGUCAAACAGGUGAAGGAGUUGUUCUUUAUAUUGACAUAGAGAAGAAACUUGUCCAUCUUUCAGUUGACCAAGAUUUACGAAAAAAGGCAUCAUCAGCGAUUAAAAACUCAUCAUAUUCACGAGUUUCUGUCGGACAAGUGUUGAUAUCCAAUGUUGAAUUGACUACAGACAAAUUUCACAUAGUUUCUCUUAAAGGCCACGCAAUUGGUGCUUUGGCUUAUAUUCCUCGUUACAUUCAUCUCAAUGCUCUCAAGCCUGAUUCUAAUUUGUACAAAAAUGGCCAGAAAUUGUAUUUUGCUGUUAAGGAAAAAUUAACUGCAAUAGAUGAAUCCAGUUUAAUUAUUGGGUCCAAAACAUCUGAGAAACCUACGAGUGUCAAAAACAAAGAAGCUGAAGCCUUGCUUGCUAAAGCUAGAAAAGAGACUCUGAAAAAAGCGAUGAAUAUGGUUGAAAAUAAAAUUAAACUUGGAAAGGAAAAUGUCACUAAAAAAGGCGAUGAUAAAAAUGCUGAUAAAAGUCUAGUUGAAAAUGAAGACGAUGAUGAUGAGUCCGAUCCCGAUGAAAUCAACUUCGAUUCAGAUGAGGAGGAAGAGGUAGAAAUGGAAACUGAUGAUGACGAAAAUCAAAAUAAUGAAAAGAAAAUAAGAAAAAGUAAAAAUCUUGAAGAGGAUGAUCAGGAAAGCCCUUCAUUUUUUGUUGACACCGAAGGAAUUUCGACGAGGAAAACCGUAAAGUCUAACGCAAAUGAUGAUGAUGAAGAUGAUGACGUAUCUUCAGUUGAUGAUUCAGAUGAAGAUGGUGUUAAAGUAAUUACACCAAAUAUUUUAAAGAAAAGGAAAAGGAAAGUGUCGGAAAAUCACGAAGAUAAAUUGAAAGAAGAAAAGAAGAAGCAUUUCAAGAAGCUUCAAUCAUUGGUUAGCACUCGAGUUAAAUCUGCAGUGACUGAUGAGAACGAAGUAUUCUCAUGGGAUGCUCCCAAAGAUAUUGAUUUAAGCAAUGAAUUAGAGGAAGAUGAAGAUACAAAUGUACCUGUCAGUAAGCAACCUGAAGACGAAGAAAAUGGUGGUCCAUUGACCAAGGAAGAGUUCGAGAAAUUAGUUGUGCAAUGUCCAAAUGACAUCGAGCGUUGGUGUCGUUAUAUCAAUUAUUAUAUUGGUCAAAACGAGAUAAUCAAGGCUAAAGAGCUCUGUGAAAGAGCAUUGGAAUCGAUUGAUCAUAAAAUAGAAGAUAAUAAAUUGAAAAUUUGGACACUCAAAUUAAAGAUUGAAUACAAACAUGGAUCCUCCGAAUCUUUGGAAGAGUUAAUCAAACAAGCAAAAUGUGCUAAUGAUGAGCUAAAAAUUUAUCAGAAUAUGAUCAAAAUUUACGAAGAAGAUGGUAAAACAGAAUUAGCUGAGCAAGUUUACAGAGAAUCAACCAAAAAAUUCCCAUUGAAUAAAUCACUUUGGGUUGCUUUUGGAAAGUUUUACCUCAAAAAUGGUCGAGUCACUUCUUUCAGAGAUUUAUUCUUGCGUUGUAUCAACUAUAUGGACAAAAAGGAACAAUUGGACCUGAUUGUUAAAUUCGCCCAAUUGGAAUGUCAAUAUGGUGAUUUAGAAAGAGCUAAAACAAUGUUUGAAGCUGCUUUGGUCAAUUUCCCUAAAAGAACUGACAUUUGGUCAACUUAUAUUGAUUUGAUGAUCAAAUAUAACUUAAAAGAAGAAGAAGGAAUUAUUAGACGUGAUUCAAUCGAAUCAAUAAGAUUACUUUUUGAUCGGGCUAUUGCGAUUAAAAUUAAGGAGAAAAAGAUUAGGUUUCUUUUUCAAAAAUAUAUCGACUUUGAAAAGCGUUAUGGAGACGAAGAAAAGAUUGCUAUCAUUAACAAGAAAAUGUCAGAAUAUGUUGAUGCUAAUGAUAUUAUCUAUUGAAAUAAUUAUAAAUCUGUCAUUUUUUGUAAAUAAAAUCCCUUUUUUUGCUAAUUAAA